AUGGUCAAAAACGGCUGGGCUAAGCUCAGAGAGAAUACCAAACCGGGUAACGCUGAUGAUGAAAAUGAUGGUGACAGUCCAGAACAAGAUCGUCGAAAUCAAUUAAAGGAAGCCGAGGAGACUGCUCAACGUGAAGGCAGAGGUGUGUGGGCAGAAGAUACCCCAAAUCUCAAAAUCAAUUACUCAAUGCCCAAAGACCCAGCAGCCUUUUUGUCGGAAUACAAGGGGAAAACUCUCGAUGCCGUCAUUGAAACUGUUUCAAAUGGCACAACUGUGCGUGCAAGAUUACUACUGCGCCCCAGUCAACACCGGUUUGUUACGGUCACUAUGGCUGGUGUUCGCUCGCCUCAGUCCCAACAAUACUCCCCUCAAAACCAAGCCAAUAGUUCCACUUCCGCAAAUGAAGGCAAACCAUGCAUUAAGCUACCCACCGGAAUAAAUGUUGCCAACUUACUCCUCGAGCGAGGACAUGGGACAGUGCUAAGACAUAGACAGGGAGAAGAUCGAUCUCAAGAUUACGAGAUGCUCAUGGCUACUGAAAUGAAAGCUCAAGCCAAGCCAACUCAUACCUGUCGGGGUGGAAACGACAAGGCUGUGAGAAUUCAAAAGCUUAAGGGUAGUUUCAAUCAAAGGUCAGCUCGUGGUACAUCACAUGAGGUAAUAAAAAGAAAACAAGCUGUUCACACCAUAAGGGCAAGGGUAUGA